UAACUAGCAGCCAUUCAUCAGUCAGCUUGGCCUAUCAAUGACAUGUAUCUCAUCAGGGCUUCUAUAAAAUGAUGUUUUUUCCCAUGAAACAUCCGCAAACAUUGUGACUGGUCUGGCUCUGCCCUGCUGGAUUGCUGUGUCCAUUUUUUCCUCCUUGCUCCACUCACUGUAACACUGCUGAGAUUAGGGGGGUGUCCCAUCCCAAGGAUUGUGCUGUCCUAUACUGCAUAUGGGAAGAGCAUGCAUUGUGGCUUACUGGAACAGCCUGACAUGGAUUCUACAGAAAGUUGGAUCGAGCGGUGCCUCAGUGAAAGUGAAAAUAAGUGUUACUCUAGUCAUACGUCCCUCGGAAACAUUUCUAAUGAUGAAACAGAUGAAGAAAAGGAAAACCGAGCAUCGAAGCCUCAUUCUACUCCAGCAACUCUGCAAUGGCUUGGGGAAAACUAUGAGAUUGCAGAAGGAGUCUGUAUUCCAAGAAGCGCCCUUUAUAUGCACUACUUGGAUUUCUGUGAGAAGAAUGAUACACAGCCAGUGAACGCCGCCAGCUUUGGGAAGAUAAUUAGACAGCAGUUCCCGCAGUUGACCACAAGAAGACUUGGUACGAGAGGCCAGUCAAAGUACCAUUAUUAUGGGAUAGCGGUGAAGGAAAGCUCACAAUACUAUGAUGUCAUGUAUUCAAAGAAAGGAGCAGCUUGGGUCAACGAAACAGGGAAAAAAGAAGUCACCAAGCAGACAGUAGCAUAUUCACCCCGAUCCAAGCUCGGCACUUUACUGCCAGAGUUUCCAAAUGUCAAAGAUCUAAAUCUGCCAAGCAGCCUUCCAGAAGAAAAGAUUUCUACCUUUAUUAUGAUGUAUCGAACCCACUGUCAGAGGAUACUGGACACUGUCAUCCGAGCCAACUUUGAUGAGGUUCAGAGUUUCCUACUGCACUUUUGGCAAGGAAUGCCACCCCAUAUGCUUCCUGUGUUGGGUUCAUCCACAGUGGUAAAUAUUGUCGGGGUGUGUGACUCUAUCCUCUACAAAGCUAUCUCAGGAGUCUUGAUGCCAACUGUGUUGCAAGCUCUGCCUGACAGCCUGACCCAAGUCAUAAGGAAGUUUGCAAAACAACUGGAUGAAUGGCUAAAAGUUGCUCUCCACGACCUUCCCGAAAACCUGCGGAACAUCAAAUUCGAGCUGUCAAAAAGGUUUUCACAAAUACUUAGAAGACAAACAUCGCUGAACCAUCUAUGCCAGGCAUCCAGAACCGUAAUACACAGUGCCGAUAUUACGUUUCAGAUGCUGGAGGACUGGAGAAAUGUUGACCUGAACAGCAUCACCAAGCAAAGUCUCUAUACAAUAGAAGACUCCAGAGAAGAACACAGGAAACUUAUCAUUCAAUUAUAUCAAGAGUUUGAUCAUUUGCUAGAGGAUCAGUCUCCAAUUGAAUCUUACAUUGACUGGUUGGAUUCCAUGGUGGACCGGUGUGUGGUAAAAGUAGCCUCAAAAAAGCAAGGGUCACUAAAGAAAGUAGCCCAGCAAUUCCUUUUAAUCUGGUCAUGCUUCGGUACAAGAGUCAUUCGGGACAUGACGUUGCACAGCGCUCCAAGCUUUGGGUCGUUUCACCUAAUUCACUUAAUGUUUGAUGACUAUGUGCUGUACCUGCUGGAAUCAUUACACUGCCAAGAGAGAGCCAAUGAACUCAUGAGGGCAAUGAAAGGAGAGGCACAUGGGGAGAUUAGAGAAGAAAGAGUACUGGGUGAACCUGCAAUUUCUACACCUUCACCAGUUCCUUUCUCACCAGCUGCUUCUUCUUCCUCAGUUGAAAUUCCAUCAGCAACCUCACCUGUCAGCAACCAGUCCCCAGAAGUUGGAGUGGUGGCAGCCACAACAGGUACAAUGCAGUCAUACACAUGGUCUCUAACUUACACUGUCACUACAGCUGCUAAUGGACCUGGAGAAAAUGGUCAGCAAGUCCCCUGCAUGAGGAGUCCACACAUGACGCCAUCAGUCACGCACAGGAUACCUGUAUAUCCACACAGAGAAGAUGGGUACACAGGAAGUUACAACUAUGGGACGUACAGUAACCAAGGACACCACCCAAUUGCAUCUCAGUAUACAUCAUUACCGCAUGAGUCUGGCCUCUCUGGACCUCUUUACACUGCCUAUCACAGAAGCAGCUCACAGUACCCAUUUAACAGUCAAACACGAAUGGAGCCUUGCCUCAUGAGUGGCGCAACAAGACUCCAUCCCAGCCAGGUGGCACCCCGUUGGCCGGAUGUCACCUCAACCAACACCUGUUUCACCAGCCCCACCAUGCACUCUGCCAGAUAUGCAAACACAAGCGACAUGUACACAUCGCUGGCACCACGGAGAAACUCUGACUAUGAGCAUAUGCAGCAUUUCCCAGGCUUCGCCUACAUUAAUGGGGAGGCCAGUGCCGGGUGGGCAAAAUAAAGAUGGUGCCAAUGAAAUUUGCCAGCACUGCAGACUGCAUUUCUUGGACAAUGGAAAGAAGUUAAGGAUGGAAAAAAAAAGACUGGGAGUUUUGUACAGAGAACUGUGGCUAUGCCACUGUAGCAAAAGAGAUUUUAUUGCUUAUGUAGAGCACUAUAUGGGCCAAGCUGUGCCUUUUAUAUGUUGAUAAUUACUGUAUUCGGUACUGGUUUGGGACAGGACAUUCUAUUCCAUUCUAACAGUUGUUUCUGUAGUUUCUAAGGACGAUCAUUGGGUAAAAUGGUAAAAUGUAUUUAUUAUAAUGGAUUGAUAUGCUAUAUGUCCUAACACUAUAUAGGAUUCUAGCAGGUUGUCUUGAUCCCUUUUUGAGAGAGGGGACCCCCUUAAAGCUAUGCUGUCCUAGAUUUCCUAUGCUGUGGGCCAGUUAUCCACUCUUUCAUUUGUUUGGGGAAAUGAUGUAAUAAAAAGAGGUCUAUGAAGAUCUUGGGGGGGGGGCAUAAAACCCCUUAAAAACGUUAUUCAACUUAUAGGUAGAUGUAUGUUCCACAUAUCUUACAACUGAUAGUUAAUUAUGAAGACAUAAUUAUGUGCAUAGGACAGCUACUAAUGUCAGUGGUAGCUGUUAUCAUUAUUAUUAACCUUGGUUUAUGAAUUGUUCAUAGAAAAACAAUGAACAGCACCCUUGCUGGGUACAAACAGAUGGUGUAGUGCUGCAGCUACCUUUUUUAACAUAGUACUGCAGUACCUGGUUUUACCCUGGUCUGGUGUGCCUUUUCUUUAAUAAAACUACCUGCUGGGGGAACUAUGCUUUACAGUGUGACAUUUUUCUGUGUUCUCAGGUGCCCCUUGCACUGGCUUGGACUGCACCUAUGCCCAAGCCAUACGUGUAUGCAUCCAACCCAAGCUGCUACAAGGGGCAUUUAGUAGCAUAUAAAAAUGGCACCAGUGUGUUCUGUAGCAGAGUACCCUAGACCUGCAUAUGGAAAAUUUAAAAAAACAGCAGCGUGUUCCCAAGAUCAUCUGGACCUUCAUUGUGUCUGACAGGAGAUAGAUGGAUUACAGUGAUGGUUCACCUUUAAGUUAACUUUUAUUAUGUUAUAGAAUGGCUAAUUCUAAGCAACUUUUCAACUGGCCUUCAUUUUUCUUUUUUAUUGUUUUUUUUUCCCAAUUAUAUGCCUUCUUCUUCUGACUCCCAGCUUUCAAAUGGAGGUCACUUACCCCCAAGGAUGCAAAUUUAUUGUUAUUGCUACUUUUUAUUACUAAGCUUUCCAAUUUGUAUUCAUAUUUCAUUAUAUUAUUCAAAUAAAUUCAUGGUUGCUAGGGUAUUUCGGACCCUAGAAAUCAGAUUGCUCAAAUUGAAAUAAAAUCCAAAUAAUAAAACUCACUCUCUACAUCAUACUACUAGUUAAUUUAAACAAACCCUUUAAGAAAGGGUCACUUUUUAACCUCUGUGUGGGUAACUGAUUUUAUCCAAUCUUUUUCAGAUUUCCCACAAUUUAGUAAUGUUUCUCUAAUUAUCUCAUAUUACAGCUUUUCCAUCAUUUUGUACAAGGGAUAGGCUGGUGAGGAACUAUAAAGGUCAAGUAAACUGAAACAGAUUGCCUACAGACAUGCGUUACAGAUAUUUAUGCCUGAAUAUAGUAUGUGUUUUUAAAAUUUGACAAUAAGGGAAAAAAAUGAAUGCAAACGGCACGAGUGCUGUAUAUCAGUUGAAAGGGGAGUGGCAAAUGCAUGCCGGCAUACGCAUAACAUAUAUUCAUCUUUAGAAGACUUCACUUGUGUGUUUGUGGGAAAAAAUGUGCUGUAGUUGUGGUAAAAAAUUGCAGGGCCAGAGAUAGAGGUGUGGGAACGAGGAGGGAUGGGGAGAAAAUAGGUAUAGUAUUCACUCAAUAUUUCUAACAAAACAAUGGACCUCAUUUACUUACAGGAUGCUAUGUGUACCUUGUGCACAUAGCAUUUUGCCUGCUAUUAGCAAAUGAGGCCCAGAUUUUUCUAUUAAACUUUUAUCAUCAGUUAAGGAACACCCCAAGGGAACACCUGUGAUACAAGGGACCCAAAUGCCCUCUCUGACUUGCCCUAUAACUGUCCCUGCUAAUUUUUCAUUUGUCCUGUAUGUGUAGCCCUGUGAAUUUUUGGUAGAGCCCAUUAACAUGAAUGUACUCUGUGUAUUGUGCUACACACAAAUACAGCUGACUUAUUACCCUAUGGGUAAGAUAUUAAUAAAUGGAUUUUAACUUCAUCUAAGUAUUUCUCCUUGUAAAUAUUUCCUUGCCUAGUAUCCAUUAUGAUAAAUGUGUAAAAUAAAUUGCAAGAUUCAUAUUACUUGUACAGUUGUGAAACUCAAUAAAAUAAGAAAAAAAAUCUGUGUAAACUUC